CUCUAUUACCGUUUGAAACCGUUGUAAUAGUCAUCAUGUCAGGAAGAGGCAAAGGAGGCAAAGGACUCGGCAAAGGAGGCGCCAAGCGUCACCGUAAAGUUUUGAGGGAUAAUAUCCAAGGCAUCACCAAGCCCGCUAUUCGUCGCCUUGCUCGUCGUGGCGGCGUGAAACGUAUCUCAGGCUUGAUCUACGAAGAAACUCGUGGAGUUCUCAAAGUGUUUCUUGAAAAUGUCAUCCGUGAUGCUGUAACCUACACCGAGCAUGCCAAGAGGAAGACCGUGACCGCCAUGGACGUCGUCUACGCUCUCAAGCGCCAGGGACGCACUCUGUACGGCUUCGGCGGUUAAACUGCAAUGUUGACAUAGGCUACUGUUU